AGUGUGGGCUCUAUUCUAUGGUCUCUAUAAGGCUGUUGCCUUCCGGUUCCUGUGACCGAUCGAUAGUUCGCGCGGGAGGUGAGGAAGCAGCGGCGAAGCGAGAAACCCUAGAUCACGACGUCGCCAUGUCGCUGGUUGCGAACGAGGAUUUCCAGCAUAUUCUUCGUGUGCUCAACACCAACGUCGAUGGGAAGCAGAAGAUCAUGUUCGCCCUCACGUCCAUUAAGGGUAUCGGCCGCCGCUUCGCCAACAUCGUGUGCAAAAAGGCUGACGUCGACAUGAACAAAAGAGCUGGAGAACUCUCAGCUUCUGAGCUUGAGAACCUUAUGACUGUUGUGGCAAACCCACGCCAGUUCAAGAUCCCAGAUUGGUUUCUCAACAGGAAGAAGGACUAUAAGGAUGGCCGAUACUCCCAGGUUGUAUCAAAUGCUUUGGAUAUGAAGCUCAGGGAUGACUUGGAGCGGCUGAAGAAGAUAAGGAAUCAUCGGGGACUCCGUCACUACUGGGGCCUUCGAGUUCGUGGUCAGCACACAAAAACUACUGGCAGAAGAGGAAAAACUGUUGGUGUCUCCAAGAAGCGAUGAACUGAACUGGAACUUGUGCUUCUGUCUCUGCUUGUUAUAGUUUCUCGUGGGUUACUUCCAUGCCAUGUUUGCCUGGCAGUUCUAGUUUCAUUUUAAAGACAUAGUCAUGACACAUUUUGUGUUCUCGAUGUUUUUAGUUUUUCUGAGUCUGAAAGUAUUUGAGAGCAAUGAUUAAGUGGUUACCUUAGUUAGAUAA